CAUCACACCAACAAAUAUCCCCACCAUCCUCUUCUUCUACAGAUCCUAUCUUGACGACUCCUACCCUACAUCACCCCUGUCUUCCCUCUGUACGAGGUGAAUUGUUGCAUUUCCCAAAACAAAAGCCCGGCCAGGCUACACAACCUUCUGCCACCUCCCCAAUGAACGCCCUCGCCCACAUCGUCUGUGCAGCCUCGUACGUCCAUGCGCAAAUCUUGACGCCACAGCCAUGUCGUCUGCUGAUCCACGGCUGAACCGUCGAGGUCAAACUCAACAGGCCAUUUCCAAGUCGCAGCCAUCCACAGCUCACCCACAACAGCCCCUAACCGUCGCCCCCAGCUCCGAUGUCGUAUUGUCCCCCAGUCCCAUCACCGGCAUCUUGGUCACCUUGAUCAACAACACAGUCGACGAAUGCUUCGCCCGCAAGAGACGCGACUUCCUCGUCGAACAGUCCAAAAUUGCCUCGGCUGGCCUUGAUCAUGCCCAGAAAAAGUAUGGAUCUCACUUUCCUCUCGCUAAGGAGCAGGCGGAGGAAAAGUCCAGAGAGGCCGAAAAUGCCCGCGACGUUGCAGAGAACACAUACCGUGACCAGGUCAAGACCAAAGAGGCUGCCAUUCAAGAUCUCCGCACUAUUAUUCACACCUCAAUAAAUGCGAUCCAACAUGCGAAUCAAGCUCGACAACAAGAAGAUUCCAAUACUCUUAGCCACCAAGUUCAAGAACUACGCCAAAAACAUGAAACGCUCGAGAUAGAACAUAAAAGACUUCGUGACUUUAGCAACCAACAGGAGACCCAGGUCAAGGCACUUGAGAUGGAGGUGAAAUCUCUCCAGGCGUCCCAGAGACCGACUCCAGUACCAACAACGGAUCCAGAUCUCCUGACCAAAAUUGCCCAUAUUGAGGAUACACUCGAGCGGCUGGGUGAGAAUGUCAGCCAGUGGGAGAAUGUGAAGAAAGCGCUUAACCUUAAGAUGACGAAUCUUGAGGAGUUGAGCAAAACCUCCGACGCUGCCAUUUCUCAAACCAAGGAAAGCCUCCGGUCAUUGGCCACCAAAGAUGACCUCCAAACACAAGCUAAGAAGAUUGCUCUCUUUGAGGCCUUCCAAAGCGUGACCAUCGCAAGACUUGACAAAGUCGAAACAGCCGAGCCCGUUGCACCUGCCAGUGACUCGGAGUCUAGGGCACUAGAGAUUGAAACGGUCAAGUCGGAAUUGACCGAGAAGUGCGAAUCUUCACUACUACGCCAUAGAGAGCACGUGGAAGGUCAAUUGUCUAAAAUAGUCCAGCGGCAUGAACACCAAGACAAGAGAAUCUCCUUUGCCGACGCACGUUCUCGAGAGCUUGCCGAGAUAGUUUCGAGCCUUAGUCAGACAUCACUGGAUGAUCGCCGCAAGCUUUCAGAUGCUCAAGCACACAUCAGUGCGCUCAUGACUAAGCGACAAUCCGAUACCACGUUUAAGGAACGUGUGACGGAGCAGGAAAAGGAGAUCAAGAGACUGGUUCAACAGCUCCAAAAGGUUGACACUGACCUGAACAAAACACUGAGUUCAUGGUGGGCAGAGUUCACUAAGACGGUCCCGAAAAUCGAGCCCUUUGAGGCAAUGCAGGCACGCAUUUUGUCUCUGGAGGGCUCCAUGGAGCAGCUGAGCGCCAUCCAGAAGCAAUUGGCCAAGCUGGAGCACGGCCUACGGGAGUUUGGCAACUCACAAGCAGCGAGCACGGCGGCUCUAGCAAGCCACGCCAGCAUCCCAGAUCCCCGCACGCGUCAACAACUCAUCGAUGAGACAAUACAGUCAGCUUCCGGCCAAGCGUCUGCAGAAAACCAAAUGGACAAGAUCUCAUCCCGGCUUGACUCGCUGAGAGCUGCAUUGACCAACCAGAAGGAGCAGCUUGAUCAAGUUGAUCGAGUUGCUAGUGCUGCAGUAAGGGCCGGGCUCUCAAACGAGGAGCGUAGAAUGCUUGAAAGUACCAAGGGUAUUGACCAAAGAAUGGAGAAGCUCGAGCAUGUCCAGCAAUCCCAAGCAAUCCGGUUUGAUAAUUUGACGACCGAGUCACUGAUGCGCCGUAUGGUAGGAUACCUCCAGCCUGUUCUCCCCAAAUUCGAGCUGGGCCUAAAGGAAAUGGACACCAUAGCAGGCCAAUUCAAAUCCUUAGAGCAGAAAUUUGUCGACAUCAAAGACUCGCAUCAGGAAGCAAAUACCAGAUAUGAUGGUGUGGCAGAGCAAUGCAAGGCUAUCAAGUCUGGCCUCGAUGAGGUCCAGCAAAAAGUCGAGCGAGUCGCAAAUGGUCAGCUUCAGAAGGAUGAGAAAUUGGACCAACUCGACAAAGCAAUAGGCGAACACGAGACGGCAGCCAAAAAAGCACACGAUGAUCUGGCCAAAAGAUUUUCAGAGACUCGGGAUGAAGUUGUCGAGAAUCUUCGCGGAUUGACAAAAAGCCAGGAAGCGCAGAGGUCAGCCAUCUCUGGCCUUGAGGUGACGGUCAAGGCGCUCUCGGUCUCUGCAAAGGCGGCGACUAAAAAUGGGACAGCGCCGUCGUCUCAGAGUAUCAGUUCUCCAUCACAGCCAUCGUCUCGGCGAAGCACGCCACUCUCCAAUUCUAGCAACAACUGGCCACGAAAAUCCAAAAUAAAAACCCCCCGAAAGGCUGCCGGACGGAGGGUCAUAAUAAGUAGUGACGAGUCUGAGUCUGAGUCUGAGUCUGAGUCUGAGUCUGAAACCCACGAAGAGGAACAAGAAAAUGAUGACGACGAGGCAGAUAACGCAGAAAAUUAUUGGGAUGACGAUCAUAUUGGACGAAUGAUCCAACGCCGAAGUCCACUGCGAGUGCCCCAAAAGAUCAAUCCCCUGCCGGAUACCAAACUUCGCAAGACGCUGGCGAGUGGGAGCUCCGACAAAUGGAUGUCCACUAAAAUACCUGGACCUAAGCGUAAGAGGCCGGAGACGGUGGUUCAAGAGGAAUCGAGAUCGCCGGCAAGACGGCGUCGGAAAUGAGUUCUAGGCCAAGGUGAGCAAGGGCACGGGAAAAUGGAUAUGCAAAGACAUGGUAUUAUGAUUUUGAGUGAUGGACCCGGACCAUCGGUGUGCUGAGCUCACUUAUGCGAUUGUGAACUUCAAAGGACUAUAGUCAUCAACAGCGACAGCGAUGGAGCUCGGCGUCAAUAUGGUCUGUGAGGAUUGCUUGGUCUUUGCUUUGGGACAUUGAUCUGAGGUACAACGAUGGCGGUGGCGAGUAUGGUUAGAGUAUGUCUCGUUCUGCCCUUCUAGCUUUCACGAGAUACCCAUGAAUG